UAUGUGACCUUGAUGUGAUGUGAUUACAUCACAAUCAGACGUCAAAAUUUCUAUCACAAUAAUAAUAAUGUAAAAAAAAUAAAAUUUCGACAAUGUUGUGCAAAAUUUGCAGCGAUUUUUCAAAACUAACCCAAAAAACAAUCACAUUACACAAUUCUUGCAGAUUUUAUCAGACACAUUACGACGUGUUAAACUUGUCAAGAAACUGCACUGAUAAAGAAAUAAGAAGUGCCUUUAUAAAAUUAUCAAAAGAGCACCAUCCAGAUGUUAAUAAAAGUGAACAAUCUCAUGCUAGAUUUCAGAAAAUUAAUGAGGCUUAUAAAGUAUUAGGUAAGCGUGAAAGUAGAAGGAAUUAUGAUUUAGGGUUGACAAGUCCUGAAAAUCAUACAAGGAGAAAUUAUAAUGAAACUUAUUAUGAACAACCUACACGAAACCCAUACAAUGAUCCUAUGUUUUGGGUAAACAGAAACAAAUCUAGAGAUAAAUAUUACGAAAAUCGCUCAUAUUAUGGAGUUGACGGAAUUCCAAAGCUACCUAAUAGCACAGUUGUGAUCAUUUGUAUUUUCUUUUCUUUGAUAGGGGUUGGUCUCCAAUAUUUGGCGAUUACCCGCUCUGUAACUUUCAAGCGAGAAGUUUUAAUUCUGAAAUCAUUAGAAGCUGAAAAAGUGCACAAUGAAACCAGAACUGCUGCCAAUGAUAAUGGCAAUGAAGUACAACUUGAAGCGUUAAAAAAAAGAUUGUUAGGAAAAGCAAUGAAAGAAACUGAUAAUAAAUAAAUUUGUUCACUUAUUUAUUCUACAAUACAUUUUUAAACAUU